UCGCAGCCGCUCGUGAGUUGGGCCGCGCCCGCCACUGCGGCAGUAACGCCUUGGUUUGCUGCGGGGUGAGUACUCCUGCCACCACGCUGCACCGGAGCCCGCUGCAGCUGGCGCGCUCGGCCGCCCCGCCUCUGCUGGUCUCUGGAGGCUAUAGCCUCGCCUCUCCGUCCUUCUAGCACCUCCGCUUCGGUCGUCCUCGCUGCCUAGAAGGGUCGCCGAGAAGUCGCGCCCGGUUGGUCCAGCCGCUGUCGCCUCUGCAACCUGAUCUCCGGACAGUCACUCCCUUCGUGGACGGCAGAGUCUUCGUCCGCCAGGUCGCCGCCCUGAAGGCUGAGCUCUGGCCGCCGACGCCUGAUGGACGCCUGAUGGACGCCUGAAGCGGCUGCGUGUGCUCAGCGCCCCGGCUGCGAGCAGAGGCGGCCACACCCCGGCGGCCUCUCUCGCUCGGAGGCGCCAGCCUUCUCCACCCGCCCUUGUGCCUCGCCUUCCUCGCCGCGACGCGACGCCCUGUCUGCAGGCGGCGGACCUCGGCCGCGAAGCCUGACUGGGGACGCAAGAUGGCGCCGGCCGCGUGACUGCCUGGACUGAGCGUCUCCGAGGCCUCGCUCCGAGAACGCCCCGACGGACUUAAGGGAGUAGUAUUUGGGGUGGGGCAGGGGAAAGGCAAGAAUAGGACUCUGAUGUCUUUCGUUAAUUGUGAUUGGUGAAGUUUGCCUCCCUCGGGCUUAUUUGGGGGAGAGUCUGGCAUUGUUCUAAGCCCUAGACCAAAACCACAAUCGAAUCCGUACUUGUAGAAUUGGCGCCACUUGAUAGUUGGGAAAAUGGCGAUGACAUUGUUGGAAGACUGGUGCAGGGGGAUGGAUGUGAACUCCCAGAGAGCCCUGCUGGUCUGGGGGAUCCCAGUGAACUGUGACGAGGCUGAAAUCGAAGAGACCCUCCAGGCCGCGAUGCCCCAGGUACCCUAUCGAGUGCUUGGGAGAAUGUUCUGGAGGGAAGAGAAUGCGAAAGCAGCCUUGUUAGAGCUCACUGGCGCUGUCGAUUACGCCGCCAUCCCUCGGGAGAUGCCGGGUAAGGGCGGGGUCUGGAAAGUGGUCUUUAAGCCCCCAACUUCCGACGCUGAGUUUUUAGAAAGGCUGCAUCUCUUCCUAGCGAGAGAGGGGUGGACCGUGCAAGAUGUUGCCCGGGUCCUUGGGUUUCAGAACCCCGCCCCGGUCCCAGGUCCAGAAAUGCCAGCAGAGAUGCUGAAUUAUAUUUUGGAUAAUGUUAUUCAGCCUCUUGUUGAAUCCAUCUGGUACAAGAAGCUGACGCUGUUCUCGGGGAGGGACAUCCCGGGGCCUGGGGAGGAGACUUUUGAUCCCUGGCUGGAGCACACUAAUGAGGUCAUGGAGGAGUGGCAAGUGUCCGAUGUAGAAAAGAGGCGGCGGUUGAUUGAGAGUCUUAGAGGCCCCGCCUCGGAUGUCAUUCGCAUCCUUAAGACCAACAACCCCGCCAUAACCACCGCCGAAUGCCUGAAGGCUCUUGAGCAGGUGUUUGGAAGCGUGGAGAGCUCUAGGGAUGCGCAGGUCAGAUUUCUGAACACUUAUCAGAACCCUGGAGAAAAGUUAUCUGCUUAUGUCAUUCGUCUAGAGCCUCUGCUGCAGAAGGUGGUGGACAAGGGGGCCAUAGAUAAAGAUAACGUGAACCAGGCCCGCCUGGAGCAAGUCAUUGCCGGGGCCAACCACAGCGGGGCCAUCCGAAGGCAGCUGUGGCUGACCGGGGCUGCGGAAGGGCCGGCCCCUAACCUCUUCCAGUUGCUGGUGCAGAUCCGAGAGGAGGAGGCCAAGGAGGAGGAGGAGGAGGCUGAGGCUGCCCUCCUGCAGUUAGGCUUGGAGGGGCACUUCUGAAUCGCUGGAAGAAAGGGGCUUUAGUGCAGACCUAGAUCACAGCCUUUCCGUUGUUGGUGUUUUAUAGAUGUCUCUGAUCAGUAAAUGCAUAGAUGUGUUCUGGUUGGUUUGGUUUUUUGGGGGGUGGGUGGGGGUGGGUGGUGGCGAUCCAGGCCUGUGUAUUUGUGUAGCAUUCGUAAAAUUGUGCAAGUGAGCACUGUGAACUGCUACAAUACAAAUGCUUCAUGCUGGCUGAAAUGCCAGGUAAAGGCUUGGACACUUGCUCAGUGUGAGCUGUCCUCAUGGCAUCAUUGUCAGUUGUGAAAAACAAGUGUACCUGUGCACUUCCCUUCCAGGUAAUUAAAUGAGAAAUUGCAUGUUCAGUCAUUUAGCCCAGGCCCUGACUCACAGGAAGUGCUCAGCAAAAAUGUGAACUGUUAUUGUUACUAAUAUCGUGGAUAGUUUUUGUGCUUACUGUAAAUUGUUCCUAGUUUAUAUUAAUGGAAAGAUGUGAAUUAGAUAUUGUUAUUUAACUCUGAAGUGCAAAUUUCCUAUUUCUCAUCUUUAAACAUUUUGGUCAGUUUAAUUGAAAAGUAUUCUGAGACUACAAACUGGGGUGUUAAAAAAAUACUGCAACUGUAGAGGUGUGUAAAUCAAGAAUUUUUCACUGUAUAAGUUACAGAUAUAAAUCACAUGAGAACUUGAUGUGAACCUGCCAGAGUAAUAAUACAUUCCCCCAUUUCACGUCUUUGUCAUCAAACAGGUCUCCUUGUUCAUGCUGAUUCUAAGCGUUCUAAAAUUUGAAGUUAUCAAACAUAUAUACUAAUAAAAAUAUUUUAAAAAUUC